AUGGUGGUAUCAGAUGAUAUGACACUAAAUAUUAAUCUUAAGAAACCAAUUGCUGUUGUUAGCGAAAAAUUUUUAAGCAUCACAUUAGAUCCAGUUUCAUUAUUUAAUAGUAACUCUCUAAGUGAUGUUGAGAAAACGACGAGUAUGGCAAAAGCUCUUGCACCAGCUUAUGUUCGCAUUGGUGGUCCUCGAAGUAAUUCAUACAUUUUUGAACGUGGCUUGUAUCCGAAAGAAUUACAGUUAGAUCCAGGUUACACGUUUUCAGAAAAGCACUGGAUUCAGGUGCACCAAUGGGCAGAAAGUUCUGGCUUAGACAUAAUUGCAUGUCUCGCACCACAACAAUCUGAAAGCAGUAAUAAUGGUAACAAUGCCCGAACCUCGUUCUGGGAUCCAAGAAAUGCUCUUGAUCUCAUUUCUUUUAGCGAUCAUAUGGGCUAUAAUAUUAGUUGGCAGCUAGGCUAUGAGUGUCAGACACGCUGCGACGUGAGAGGUGCGGAGCUGGGUCGUGACGUCCAGCGUUUGCGCAACAUGUUAGACGCGUUUCCGCGCUACGCCGAGCGUGGAAUGAUAGUUGGUCCAGAUGUCGUCACCUAUAAGACCAGACAACAACAGCAGUACCUUCAAGACUAUUUUAAUGCUGCGAGUGGAUCUCUUUCGGCCGUGACUUGGCACCCAGAUUUUGCAAGCAUAAGUUUGGAAGCUGAUGGAGUAUCCAUGCAUUACGACAAUCUUGCGUUCGACAAGGAUGCCUUUUACAGAGCAGCCGGACGUCACAUCUCAAAAAAACCAUUGUGGAUUGCGGAAUCGAGACCAGAAGAAUGCAAACAACAAUUUCUGGGAGCACUGGUAUGGGCACGACGAUUGGGAAAUUCGGCGAAACUCGGUCUACAAGUGAUUAUGAGGCAGCCUGACAAUUCUAAUCCCUUCCGAUCUACACCAGAUUAUUGGGUAUCAAUUCUACAUAAAAUGCUAGUUGGUCGUGAAGUACUAGAUACAAAAAUUACAACAGGCAAUCGUACCCACGUGCAUUUUUACAGUCAAUGCACAAAUCCAUCGUCCAAAUAUGAAAAAGGUUCAUUAACAGUUUUCGGUAUUAAUCUCACGCCUUCUAAAAUUACUGCGAGUCUGAAAGGGAUCAAACUAAAAGUUAUACACAAGUAUAUUUUACUGCCUGGCUAUGACGCUCCAAACCGAAUGUUUUCUGAAACUGUUCUGUUAAAUAACGAGCCGCUCAAUCUUAUUGAUGAAAAAGAAGUACCUGAUGUGCAACCAGCAAUUUCCAACGCGGAAAAAGGUGUAAAACUGAAAUUACCAUCUGGCGGAAUCGGAUUUUGGGUCCUACCUGGUCUUAAAGUAAAAUCAUGUAUGGGUCACGUUGAUGAAAUUCCGGAUAAAAAUCCACUAAGAAAAAUAAAUAGACGUUUCGAAGAAUCUGACGGAGAUAUAGAUUCAACCUCAGAAGAUGAAAAUAAUCGGGAGACCACGGAUGUCAAUUCUGUUGAAGAAAGAAAACCAUCACUUAGGCUGCAACGAACUACACAGAAACGCUUAACGUUGCGUAAAAAUAUUCGUCACAAAGAAGAGGAGAGAGAUGAUUUGGAUGAAAGAAAAUUACGCAAACUAGAUGGAGCUCGACAUGAUUUUGAUCGUUUAGAAAAUAUUAUGCGCAAGAAAGACCAACACACUGUUAAUUUAAAAAGUGGUGGCACUCAUGGAGUUUUCGAAAACAGUGGCGAGGAAGAUAAUGGCAGUUCCGAAGAAGGUGUUUUUAGAAAAACAGUUAAUGAACAAAAAGUCGACUCUGGAGAAGUGAUACGAGCUAAACUUCAAGAAUAUAAAAAUCAACUAUCUAAUUACGAAAGUAGGAAAAAACAGCGUGAAAUACUAAGUAAUUUACCGAAGGAUCGUUUCAAAGACGGACAAGAUGAGUCUAUAAACAAAGUAAGAAUAGGUAUGAAUACGGAGAAAGUAAUAGAGGCUCUGACAUUAAUAACUAAAGUUGAAAGUGCGAUGAAAGGCCUUGAGAAAGAAAACGAGAACGAAGUUCAAAUUACUAGUGAGACUCCGCCGACACUUGGGAUUGAUCGAUCAUUACGACGCAGAAAACGUGACGUAGAUAAACGUCUAGGCGAUGAUCCAUUAAGCUUACUACAUGACAAUAUUUUUUUACGUAAACGCAUAAAAACUGAAGAAGCUAAAGAACGUCUAAUAGAGCGUGUUAAUGAACGUAAACAACGAUUGCGUGAAAGGCAAGAACAAAAACGUGAAAAAGAAGAUCUAAAGAAAGAAUCUCGGGAUAGUAACGAAAACAACUUCUAUGGUUUCCAACAUGGGGAACCCUUAAAAAACUUUCCCGAGGGUGAUGUUUACUUUCAAACUGAAAUUAAUACUAACAAAAAUAAAGGAAUUAACUGCGAUUAUAAUGAUGAUGACAAUAUAAAUAAAGAAAUGUAUAAAAACUGGAAGCGCUCAAACAUACCUACAGAUAUGGAUGAAUAUAAAAACCUGUGGUUCGAUGAAUCAGGAGAAACUAAACACAUGCCUACUGACUUUUUUGAAAAUUUAAAACUGCAAACACUUAAUUCAAAAGAAAAUUUUAAAAAUUACGGAGAAUUAUGGGAAAUAGAAUCUUUUCAUAAGAAUGAAACAAAUGAUAAGAAACAAAACGAGUCUGAUGAAUCUGAAAAUCAUGAAAUUGUUACUGAAAUUUCUUUAAGAGACUCAGAAAAUCAUAAAACAGAAGAACGAGCUGCACAACAACUUAUCAAUUUCUAUAAAAUGGAUAUAAAUGAGAAAAACUACGAUUUGGAUGAUUUAAAAUUUAAUCAAAAAGAAAUUCAGUCACAAUUGUUCCCAUUGAUAAUUAUACCUAAUAAUCCAAAAAUAUCAACAGGAAAUGACAAUUUUAACCUUGAACAACAUAAUAGAUAUAUAAAUACUGACAGAUACCACGAUAAUCUAAAUAAAGGAAUACAGCCUAGUGAAUCUUUAUACCACCGAACUAAGAGAUAUUUAAAUGAUUUAGAAGAUUUACUUCACCAAGAAAUGAUCACUCAGGAUAAUAAUAAUCUUAAAGACUGUCAAUGUCGAGUCAUACGAGGAAUUGAAGAAUGUAAAGAUUGUGAUUUAAAUUCAAGAAAUUUUAUAGGAACACAAUUAAUUUCUAUACCAAAUCAAGCAAUCGAUAAUUACAAUACGAAAAUUCGAAUUCAAAGAGACUUGAAUAAAGAAACCAACACUGAUUAUUUAGAAGAAACAAUAGACUCUGGAGCCGAUAGUGACAAAAUCGAGAUAAUGAACUCUGAAAGACCAACCAAUCCAAAAAAAUCAUCAUAUAUUAAAAAUGAAGAACCAAAUUUUGAAAAUUAUAAUAAAACAGAUGAGAUUUUAGUACCUACAAUCAUAAAGGUAGAAGAUGAAUUAAGUACAAAGAAUAUCAAUGAUAAAACAUGGAAUCGGUUACCAAGAAAAAUAGAGUCAUCGGCAAAGUUUCUUCUUAAAUCCGAAGAAAAUUUGACGAAACCGGCAAUUAACAUAAACUCACAAGUUAAUCAACAGAAAAAUAGUGAUAUCAACGAUUUCUCAGUUAUUAAUGCUUAUAUACCAACAAACGAAACAGAAACUGCAAUAGAACAUCAUAAAAUAAAACCAAAGAAUAAUAGUGCAAUAAAAAUAGAUGAACGCAUUAAAUCAAGACAAGCAAGAUUAACUACACGAGCCGAAGCUUUAACGGCGUUAAAAAAAGAAAACGAAAGUAGACGAGCAAAAAAAAUGAUCGAAGCAUCUAUGAAGAUAAUAGAUAUGGAAAAAUCUAAAUUUGCUGAAUAUCAAAAAAGACGUUAUGAUCAAAUAGAAAGACUGAAACGAAAAUUACGAGCGAAACGUGAAAAGAUGUUACAACAAUAUAGAAGUGAACUGCUAGAAGUAAUAAAUGACAAUUCCGAAUCUAAAGAAAGUAAUAUACAUAGACGUGACCUAUUUAAUCAUUUUCAAACAGCAAGCCACGAUACCACAACAAACGACAUGAUCACAAAUCCAAAUGAAUUUGAUUAUAGCAUAAAUUCUAACCCAAUUAAAUAUUCAUCAGAAAAAGAUACUUACAAAUCUAAAAGUGAAAAAUUUUUGCCAGCGUUUGAGAUGUUGGAACCAUUUCGUGAUGUUCACAGUAAACAAGCUUUACCAAAAUUUCAAACUAAAAUAUACAUAGAUGAUGAUAACAGCAAAAUGCAAAUAAUUAAAGAUAAAAAACAAAAGACAUCACCGAAAAAACAUUUGAAAAAUGAAGAUGCAUAUAAUAUAAACCAUGAAGAAAAGUUUAGAAUAAAAAAUAAUAAAAGAUUUCCAUAUGCUUUGACAGAAGCAUCUAAUAAUCAAAAUAAUUUAACAAUUCAGCAAAAUUCCUCAUCUACCAUACAAACAAAUAUAGGGUCAAUAUUAAUUGAUUCAAUUCCAAAACUCCAAACUGUGAUAACUGGAGGAUUAAAAAAAGCAGAGAAUCUUACAGGUUCACUAGAAAAUUUUAUUGACAACUACGAUAAUCAAUUAAAUAAUACAAGGAAGCGCUUAAAAGAUAAUUCAGGAGAUAUAAAUACGUUUGAAGUAAACAAUGAAAGACUCAAUCACAAUAUUUUUAAAACUAUGAUUGGAAGCGUAAAAAAGUUCUUUGGUAUUGUAUCAGGAAUUGCUAAGAUCUUUCAUGUACAUUAA